GCUUGCUUCGAACCUCUAUGUAAGCGUAACUGGGAAGGAAGUGUAGUUCUUCAACUGGAGAAACAUACAAUUUAUGGAUCUGUGCAAUACUGUUACACGCCAAUGACGAGAAUAGCUUGAAAUCCACAAUCCCUCAGCGAAGAUGUCAAAAAGGCCAUCAUAUGCACCUCCCCCCACCCCAGCCCCUACAACUCAAGUGCCCAACACCCCUGGGUUUGUGGGGUACAACCCAUACAGCCAUCUGGCCUACAACAACUACAGGCUGGGAGGGAAUACCGGCAGCAACAACAGGGUAAUGAAUUCCUCAGGAAUCACUGUUCCCAAGCCACCCAAACCGCCAGACAAGCCGCUGAUGCCCUACAUGCGGUACAGCCGGAAGGUAAGCAGGAAGGUCUGGGACCAAGUCAAAGCCUCCAAUCCGGAUCUGAAGUUAUGGGAGAUUGGAAAGAUUAUUGGUGGCAUGUGGAGGGACCUCACUGAAGAGGAGAAGCAGGACUACUUGAACGAAUAUGAAGCGGAAAAGAUUGAGUACAACGACUCCCUGAAGGCCUACCACAACUCACCGGCUUACCUGGCCUACAUCAACGCCAAGAACCGUGCCGAGGCGGCUCUGGAGGAGGAGAGCAGACAGCGGCAGACCCGCAUCGAGAAGGGAGAACCUUACAUGAGCAUCCAGCCUGCUGAAGACCCAGAUGACUUUGACGAUGGGUUCUCCAUGAAGCACACGGCCACUGCUCGCUUCCAGAGGAACCACCGGCUCAUCAGUGACAUCCUCAGUGAGAUCGUGGUGCCAGAUGUGCGCUCUGUCGUCACCACUGCACGCAUGCAAGUCCUUAAGCGCCAGGUCCAGUCCCUCAUGGUGCACCAGAGGAAGCUGGAAGCAGAACUGCUGCAAAUAGAGGACCGUCACCAGGACAAGAAGAGGAGAUUCCUGGAGACUACAGACUCCUUCAACAGUGAGCUCAAACGGCUGUGCGGUCAGAAGGUGGAGGUAGACAUGGAGAAGCUGGCAGCAGAGAUAGCUGCGGCAGAGGAGGCUGCUAGGCGGCGGGCGGAGGAGAGGGAGAAGGAAGCGGCGGAGCAGGCAGAGAAGGCUGCCCAGGAGCAGCAACAGGCGGCAGCAGCCUCCGCUUCGUCUACACUGCCCAACACUGAGCAGAACACCAUCCCACCAACCACAGAGACCAAGGAGGACCAGGACAAGCCAAUCCCUAUGGAGACAGAAGAGACACCUGCAUCAGAGACAUCUGAGACCCAGCCAGAGGCUGAGGAGGGCACGCUGACCCCUGCUGCAGAGAAGCAGCACGGCCCGCCGGUGGAGAGCAUCACGGACGAGGGCACCAGUGACAGCACCGCCCCAUCCGAGAGCAGCACCGGACCCCCUGCAGACCCCCCUGCUUCAGCUGAGCCUGCCCCAGAGGAACGCCCAGCCAGCCAGCCCUCCCAAUAACAUCUCUGUAGAAGGGCACCCCCCCUCUCCCCAACCUGCAGACUAGGGGCAUGUUUUGUGGGCACAGUGCUGCAUAUCAAAAUAUUGGAAUGUGUAUAGAAGUGAUUCCAUAGUUUUGUACAUUCUGUAUGUUGUUGUUUGCAACGUCAUGCAACCCUGUGCCCAUUAAACAUGACCCUGUCAUGUUCUUCCACCAUCUCCACACUCAGUUUGUGUGUUUGACAUUUCUAUUGAUCUUGUUAUGGACCUCUGGAUUCAUACCACAACAAGUCAACAGUUCCUCUUUAGCUAUUUGCUAUUGGGGUUGAUAGAACAGGGAAGGGCCUUGGCCUAAUGUAUUCCAUACCCAAUUGUCAACGGUUUUUACAUGCUAUUUUUGUUGCCUAUUUUUAUCUAACUUUUAGUUAGUAAUCAAUAGGGUGUGGACUGUUAGUGAUGGAUUAAAUUCAGAAUUCAUAUGAAAUGGUCAGUCCUUGAAUAUCACCUAUUAUAUAUCACAGCAAAUGGAUGAUUGAGAACUGUUUUACAUGAGCUGUUUGCGACUGCACAGCGGUGUCAAACCCUAUUGCUGUGUAUCACCACUAAACCUCAAAUAAAACCUCAUGCAUUCAAAUGACUGUUUUUACUUGAAUUUGAAUGAUUUUAUUAUGCCUCUGCGAUUUGCAUCUUUUUUGUACUGUCAAGCCUCUUGCCCAAAUAAAAGUAAUUUCUCUGUC